CGUGCGUUAUUUAUGUUUUAUAUUAGAGUAAGAAGACAUGAAGACCUCCUCUGUGUCAUUUUGAUGUGGAUGAACAAAGAUCUGUGUGUUGUAGGAAGGAAAUGGAGAAGAACACACCGCAAUCGGCCAGAAAACUGGAAGUAUCAGAAAGCAGAAAGAGGUAGUUAGGUAAAGGAUUGUGGUUAAUAAGUAACAGGCCACAACGGUUCCCCCCACCCUGCAAAGCCUGCUGGGAAAAUCUCUUGGCAAGCAGAGCGGUGCGAGUGUGUGUGCGCAGGGUGAUAUCGCUGACAUUAAAAAAACAGGAAGAGAAGAUAGAGCAGCUCCUCCUCGUACGAAUUUCUUGAAUCUUCCACCGACUUCCUCUUUUCCCCAGCUGAAGGUCCGUGCCAUGGGCAAGGUGAAAGCUCAGUCUGGGCCCUUGGCUCGGAGGCCUGACAACUCAGCCUUCAAGCAGCAGCGGCUCCCUGCCUGGUCUCCAAUGCUAACAGCUAACACUGUGCUGCCUUUCUUUUACGUUUUGUCUUUGAUAACUUUGCUGCUGGGAGUGUGGCUGCUUCUCACUGUGCAAAGAACUCAGGAGUUUAAGAUGGACUACACAGAGGCCGGGAGUUGCGACAAGUGCUUUGAAAAGCGUAAAAAUGCGAGCAACGCAGUCCUUCCCUGCACCUGCAAAGUGGUGUUUGAACUUAAAAACAAAUUUAAGGGAGAUGUCUUCUUUUACUACGGCCUCCGAAACUUUCAUCAGAACCUCCGCAGAUACAUGGACUCCAGAGAUGAUGGGCAGUUGGUCGGCAGGAAGAACAGUUUAAAGACCCCCACUUCAUAUUGCAGUCCAUUCAUUAAAGGCCAGAAUGAACUCCCUAUUGCUCCCUGCGGCGCCGUGGCCAACAGUGUCUUCAACGAUUCCUUCAUUCUGUACUAUCAUGGCUCCAGUGCUUCUAUAUCUAAGGUUCCUCUGUUACGGCAAGGCCUCACGUGGUACACCGACAAGAACAUCAAGUUUCGUAACCCAAGCACGGACAACAUGACACUGGCUGAGGUGUUUGCAGGAACAACAAAACCUCCGUACUGGCAGAAGCCCGUUUAUGAACUGGAUCCCUCCGACCCGAACAACAACGGCUUCAUCAACGACGACCUGAUCGUGUGGAUGAGGGAGGCGGCCUUCCCCAACUUCAAGAAGCUCUACGGGGUUUUAAACCGAGCCAACACGCGCUUCGCUAAAGGGCUUCCAGCAGGGAACUACAGCAUCGACAUCUCCUACAACUUUCCUGUGCAGUACUUCCAAGGCAGAAAGGAAGUGGUGCUGACCACGCUGAGCUGGUUCGGAGGUCAGAACCACUUCCUGCCCGUCGCUUACCUCGUCACCAGCGGCCUGAUCCUGCUGCUCGCCAUCGUCCUCACUGUGAUCUGGUGGAAGUUUGGAAAGGACGGGAAGAACAUGGAGGAGUGAAGGGUAAGAGGUGCUCCAGGACGCCGAGCACUGACGUAAUGGGGGAAAAAAAAAACACCUCCAAAGCAGAUGAAAAACGCAAAUCGUCAUGCUGCUUAGGAGUCAUUUUAAAGAGACAACAAAUCUGAAAUGACAAGAACGCUGGGGAAUGGUAAAAGAAAGAAUGUUAAUUUGGUACAAUUUCACAACAGCAUGCGCAGGAAAACCGAUGCAGAACGGAGCCUGACAUCUGGAAAAUGACUUUCCCCAUCAGCUAAAUGAUCUACAUGUGUGACGGCUUUUUGUUGUGAUGAUGUUGCUCUGAACAAGCACUUGUGAAAGCUGGGUGUGUUAGCGCAGGGAUUUUACAUUUUUUUAAUGCACACCAUUUGGCUCAUGCACUGUUAAUAUUUAUUGAUAUGAUUUUAAUACUGUAUUUAUUGUAAUUAUUGACUAAAGUCCAGUCGUAGUGGUGUUGAGGCUGCAUUUGAUGUUUUAAACUGCACUUAGAUACGUGCUACAAUAGAUUCACAAAUCUCUCUGUUUUUACUUAGGUUUUUAAUUUCCCUCUGCACCAAGAAUGCCUCUUACGUUAGUGCUAUGUAUGCUUAAUAUUAUGAUCCUUUCACAAAACUGAACUACGAAUGUAUGUUUCUACAGCUGUGCAUUGAGCCUGUAACCCCAUCCUGCACUCAAUACUAACCUGCUGAUGUUCAACAUCUUAGAUUAGCAUGUUAGCAUGCUAACGUUUCCUGAUUUGCACUUAACCCUCGUGUCGUCCUGUGGGUCACACUUACCCGUUUUAAAGUUUGAAAAUGUGGGGAAAAUAUAUAUAUAUUUUCAUAGUGAAAACUUCCACAUUUUCAGUAUUUUUGGGUGGAAAAAUGUUUAAAAAAAUGUUUCUUUCAGAACAAUCAGAAGAAAAAAAAAUCAACCAAAAUCCAGCAAAAUUCGCUGGAUUUUGGGUGAUUUUUUUCUGAAUGUUUUUAAAGAAAAUAUUAGAAGUUUUACUGAUAUAUAUGGAAUUGCUUUAGAAAUUUUUAAGAUUUUUUUUGAAAAUUUCUAUUCAUUUUUUAAUUUUUAUUUCUUGCCAAAUUUGGGGAUUUCUUUAAGGAAAACUGAUGGAAUUUUUUUUGGAAUAUUCUUCCUGAAGAUUGGGGGGAUUUUUUUUACUGAAUUUUUUUGGGGGGGGGUUUCAGAUGAGGGAACAAUAUUUUUUGGUGCCUGUAAAUGAGGAUGACAGGAGGGUUAAACUACAGCAGAGGUUGAUGAAAAUAUCGUUAGUUUUGCAGGAAUUUUAGCCACAAACCAAAGUAAAGUGCAGUUUUCGUUCACUGGUGAGACGUUAAGAGAACACCAGUGUUAUUACAGUUCAUCCUGAUAGAUGCAUCAACAUAAAAUUUAAUGGUAAUCCACCUAUUAAUUGUUGCCCAUUAGGCGACUUGCAAACACCAGGUUUACAAUGGAAACAAUGAUGAAGCUAUUUAAAUCCUUUUAUGUAAGUAUCUCCACUGAUAGCCAAGUAAAAAAGCUUAACUUUCUAAUCAUAACCUACACAGUUUGUACAUGUCUGCUACAUGCACAGGUUGAAACUUGUAGGUAGACCUGCAACUACUGAUUGUUUUCAUGACAUCCUCACGUCUUGUUUUGCCCCCAAACCAAAGAUUCUCAGUUUACUGUCAAAGACAAUUAAAGAAGCCAGAAAAUAUUCAAAUUCAAGAAGCUGGAAUCAGGGAAUGACAGUUUUUUCUUUUAAAAAAAAAGUAAUCAAUCAAUGGUUGCAGCUCUACUUCUAGAAAUAAACCAUUUGUAAAUAUGUUUGUAUGACAGCUAAUGAUUGUAAUAAACCAUUUUUUUUUC